AUGGCGUGCACACGCACACAGGCAUGUUUGGAUGCUCCCUCCAGUCCUCAACCAUGCGACGUUGAAAAGCAAAGUGAGAUAUCUUCUCCGGCUGAGCCACAGGAGAAGCGGUCGAUGUUCUCAAGUCUCGGUAUCCUUGACCGAUUUUUGGCAGUAUGGAUUUUCCUUGCUAUGGCUAUUGGAAUCAUCCUGGGCAACUUUGUCCCAAACACAGGCCCUGCCUUGCAAAAGGGAAAAUUCGUGGGGGUCUCUGUUCCUAUCGCCGUGGGUUUGUUGGUCAUGAUGUACCCUAUCCUGUGCAAGGUUCGGUUCGAAUCCUUGCAUCAUGUUUUCCGAGAGAAGCAAAUUUGGGUCCAGAUGGCCUUCAGUGUUCUUCUGAAUUGGAUUAUUGCCCCUUUCCUUAUGCUGGCCUUGGCUUGGGCGUUUUUGCCCGACGAGCCAGAAUUGCGACAGGGACUGAUUGUUGUUGGGUUGGCACGAUGCAUUGCUAUGGUUCUAGUUUGGACAGGGCUAGCUGGAGGCGAUAAUGAGUAUUGCGCCAUCCUUGUUGCUCUCAACUCGAUUUUGCAGAUGGUUCUUUUCGCCCCAAUGGGAGUAUUCUUCAUCAGUGUCAUCAGCGGCGAUCAAGUCACAUUCGAAUAUUCAAUAGCCGCCAAAAGUGUUGCAGUGUUCCUCGGAAUCCCUCUUGGUGCCGCAAUUCUCACCCGUUUCGUGGUCCGACGAAUUUCUGCGAAAUGGUACGACGAGACCUUUUUGAAAUGGCUCAGCCCAUGGUCUCUCAUUGGCCUCCUAUUUACAAUCCUUGUGUUAUUCGCCUCGCAAGGCCGCCAAGUGGUACACCAAAUCGUCUCUGUGGUUCGAGUCGCAGCACCGCUCAUCGUUUAUUUCCUUGUCAUUUUCUUCGCGACACUCCUUGUCGCAUACAAGUUGGGAUUUGGCUAUAAGUUGUCCACUGUGCAGAGCUUUACAGCUGCUAGCAACAACUUUGAAUUGGCUAUUGCUGUUGCGGUGGCGGUGUUCGGCGCGGAUAGCAACCAGGCUCUUGCUGCGACUGUUGGGCCUCUCAUAGAAGUCCCCGUGCUGUUGGGUCUGGUAUAUGCUGUCAAGUUUAUAGCCAGGCGACUUGGAUGGAAUGAUUAA